AUGUUACAAUUUCCCAUGCUCAGUCGGUUUGUUCCGCUCGUACGGCACACGGCCAGAACCAUCCACACCGGUACCGAGUUACUGUUUCGCAGCACGCCAGUGCUGUGUGCCGAGCCGCUUAAAAAGAAGAAAAAGCUUGACCCACAGGUCGUGAAACAACGCGAGGAGCGUAAGCGCAAGCGACUGGAGAAGCAAAUCCGUCGGCUAGAGAAAAAUGCCCGCCAGCUAAAACCGAUCGAGGAGCUGGAAGUACCAAUGGAGCUGAUCGACGAGCAAGGAAAGCGUAAGCGCAACGUACCGAAACCAACAGCGGAGCUGCUCGAAAGCCGUGCCCUGCUCGAGAAGCAGUGGGCCAAAUACCGGAUGCAGGAAACGCUCGCCGACUAUCAGCUAUUCGAUCGGAUUGUGGUGUCACAGACGAAAGCGCUCAAUGAGCUGAAGCUCGAAUCGGAAGACUUGUACCGUCAGGCGAUACAGCCCGAUCCGGCGCUAGUACCGUUCCGGGCGCAAGGUCCCGUUGCUACACCACCAAUCAAAGGCUACGAGCAACCGGACGGAGAGUAUAUCGAUGUUUCCAGAAAAUGGGAAUAG